AGUAACGUGAGUAGGGUUCAUUGCUUUGAUUAUAGGCACGGAGAAAGAUAAAACUAAAGAGACAGUUGCGGCGAAAGAAAUUGCCCGAAAAAGGCAAGUGAAGGAGACGUAUUCGCUCAGAUUAUAACAUAAAUACGACUGAGUGUCGAGAAGAAGUACGACUGAAAAUCGAGAAAAAGAAGUUCUUCUUGAAACAGAACGUACUUUAUAAGAGAAGAAAAACUUAAUGACAAAACGUUAUACUGGAUCGUAACUCGCAGUUGACCUUUAGAACGUCUGUUUUUGCCUUAUCCGAUGCAUCGCUCUCGUGUCACUCAAUUUGAACACCCCGAAAACAUGUUCCAAGGCCUGGAUAGUUUCUGUGGUUCUGUGUUUUGGAAUGACUCCCUCCUGGAUAGACCAGACCCAGACCUGCCAGUGUGUUUGGAGCAGACAGUACUGGUGUGGAUACCACUUGGUUUUCUGUGGCUCUCUGCUCCCUGGCAUUUGGCCACACUCUUCAAGAGGAAGUCUCCUAAAAGUCGACUCUCAAAGAUUUAUAUCUUCAAGCAGGUCCUCGCAGGACUUCUCCUCCUUACGGCUGUCUCUGGAUUAACUGUCACUCUUGUGGAUAGAAAGAACUCUGCAGUGUUCUACACUAAUCCCACACUGUUUGCGAUUUCAUGGAUUUUAGUCAUGUUGUGUCAGGAGGGCGUGAGACGCAGGGAAAAGGCAGUUGACUCCGGGAGUCUCUUUUUUUUCUGGCUGCUGCUGGUGGUGUGUGAAAUUUUCCCAUUCCAGACUUUGCUGAGGGAGGCAUUAAACCAGGGAGAAAUUGUGGAUCUGCCACGCUUCUGUCUGUUCUACAUAGGAUUUGGUCUAGAGCUGACUGCCUUGGUCACAUCAGCCAUUGCAGAUGCGUCACCUGAAAUCAAGGAAAAAGCCAAGAAGAACCCCAAGGUGGGUGCCUCGUUUCUCAGCAGGAUCACGUUUAGCUGGUUGAACAGUCUGAUCAUCACUGGAUACAAGAGGCCCCUUGUUUCGGAGGACUUGUGGGAGUUGGACCUGAAGGAGGAUGUACACCACAUCCGUCAGGACUUUGACAAAGUGAUGAAGGAGGAGUUCAGGAAAGCUCGUGUAAGGCUACAGAAACAGCAGAGCGGGAAGAUGUCCAAACGAAGACCACACCUGCAUCAAACCAGCCUGGUCAAGGGCAUCAGCCAGGAUGCACUGGUCAUGGAGGAAAUUGAGGAAAUGAAAGGUCAAAGACAGAAAAGGAAUCAGAAAGGACGGGGAGAAGUGCCAUAUCCUCAUUCGUGGUUGUUUCCAACAAUUGUAAAAACUUUCAAAUGGGUGCUUCUAAAGUCUGCCAUCUUCAAACUCCUCCAGGCUUUACUAGCUUUCGUCAGCCCACAACUUCUCAAGGUCAUGAUCCAUUUCAUCCAGGACAGAACCAUUCAUGAGUGGAAGGGUUACAUGUGUGCAGUGCUCUUUCUGUUGGUGACGAGUCUCCAGUCCUUGUUUGAGCAGCAGUACACUAAGUAUUGUUUUCUAAUGGGUAGGAAAGUACAGGCCAUCAUUGUGGCAACGGUCUACAAAAAGGCUUUGACAAUGUCCAAUAAUGCCCUAAAGGACUCUACUGUCGGACAGACAGUCACCCUGAUGUCAGCCGAUGCCCAGCGGAUCCGUGAGGCGCUCGUUUUCAUCCACUUGUGCUGGUUGUGCCCACUGCAGAUCGCUCUCUCCACAGUUUUCCUCUGGUUGGAGCUGGGUCCCUCUGUUCUGGCUGGCCUUUUUGUCAUGGUGCUCUUAGUCCCUAUUAAUGGACUACUAGCCACUAGAUCCAGGGGUUUCCAGGUGAAAAACAUGGGACACAAAGACAAGCGAAUGAAACUCAUGAAUGAAAUAUUGAAUGGCAUCAAGAUCUUGAAGCUGUAUACCUGGGAGCCAUCAUUUGAGGUUCAGGUUGAAAGCAUUAGAGAGCAGGAGCUGAAAGUAAUGAGGAAAUCAUCCUACCUGUCAUCUGUCUCCACCUUAACAUUCACCUGUGCACCAGCUCUGGUGUCUGUGCUGACUUUUGCUGUGUUUGUAUCUGUAAGCUCUGAGAAUGUUCUGGAUCCACAAAAAGCCUUUACCUCCAUCUCACUCUUCAACAUUUUACGCUUCCCCAUGGGCAUGCUACCACAGAUAAUUUCUGCACUGGUACAGAUGGUUGUGUCUAUUAAAAGACUGGAGAAGUUCCAGGGUGGAGAGGAUCUGGACCCCCUGGCUGUGGAACAUGACAGCAGCCUGUCGACUUCAGUGAGUGUACAGAAUGGGACUUUUGCCUGGGAUUCAGAUAAUAAGCCUGUUCUGAAAAAUAUAUCUCUGGACAUUAACCCCGGACGUCUGGUAGCAGUAGUGGGAGCAGUUGGAUCGGGCAAGUCCUCUCUGAUCUCAGCUCUCCUGGGAGAAAUGAACAAACUGAUUGGACACAUCAGUGUGAAGGGCUCUUUAGCUUAUGUGCCUCAGCAGGCAUGGAUCCAGAAUGCCACUCUUAAGGACAAUAUUUUGUUUGGUUCUGAGCUGGAUGAGAAGAAGUACCAACAGGUUCUGGAUGCAUGUGCCCUGCGACCUGACUUAGACCAGCUGCCCGGUGGAGAUCAGACAGAGAUUGGAGAGAAGGGCAUUAACUUGAGUGGGGGACAGAAGCAGAGAGUGAGUCUGGCCAGAGCAGCCUACAGCUCAGCAGACACAUACCUGCUGGAUGACCCACUGUCUGCUGUGGACUCACAUGUGGGGAAACAUCUUUUUGAGAGAGUCAUUGGACCCAAUGGAUUACUCAAAGACAAGACUCGUGUCCUGGUGACCCAUGGGGUGAAUUUUCUGCCCUAUGUGGAUGAGAUAGUGGUGUUGGUGGAUGGGAUCGUGUCGGAGGUCGGCUCUUACAACAGCCUUCGUGCCAGUGGAGGGGCUUUCUCUGAGUUCCUGGAGACCUAUGCCAAAGAGGAGAACAAAAAAUCAGAUGCUGAAGAGGACCCUGCAGAGACAGACCCAGUAGAGCAGAGCCAGAAUACUCAGGAUGAAGCUACUGCCUCAGUAACAGUUACAAAAGAGACAAGCUCAUGCCAUAGCCAAGGCCACUCCAAUAACAGCAGCAGUGUGGCAGUAAAAAAGAGCAGUUCAACAAACAAUAAGAAGCAAUCGGAGAACGGCAAGCAGCUCAUACAGGAAGAGAGACUGCAGAGUGGAGAUGUGAAGUUCUCUGUGUAUCUACAGUACCUGAGGGCCAUGGGCUGGCUAUACUCCACUGGGGUCUUUGUUUUCUACUUCCUUCAGAGUGUGGCCUUCAUUGGCUCAAAUCUGUGGCUGAGCGAGUGGACGGGCGAUGCUGUGAAGUAUUACAACACGACAUAUCCUGUCGCAAUUAGAGACAUGAGAGUUGGCAUCUUUGGAGGUCUUGGUGUCACACAAGGAGUCUUGGUGUUCCUUGGAGCUUUGCUUCUUGUAGAAGGAGCUGUUUCUGCUUCGAGAACCCUGCACACAGAUCUACUGUCCAGCAUCCUGCAACUACCCAUGCACUUCUUUGAUACCACACCGUCAGGAAGGGUGAUCAACCGCUUUGCCAAGGAGUUGUUCACAGUGGAUGAAAUGAUUCCUCCGUCCUUCUCUACAGUGUUGCUCAGGCUUUUGGAGAUGAUUGCAAAUCUUGUUAUCGUCUGCUUGGCCACUCCACUGAUUUCAGUGGUUGUCAUUCCACUCACUGUAGUUUAUUGUUUUCUACAGAGAUUCUACGUGGCCACCUCCAGGCAGCUGAGGCGUCUGGACUCUGUGUCCCUUUCUCCCAUAUACUCUCACUUUGGGGAGACUCUGGCUGGUCUGCCUGUCAUUCGGGCCUACGGACAUCAGGAACGCUUUAUAAAACAGAAUGAAACCAUCAUUGACAACAACAUGAAGAGCUUCUAUAUGUUAAUUUUUUCCAACAAGUGGGUAAACAUCCGAUUGGAGAUGCUUGGGAAUUUGGUGGUGUUUUUUGCAGCGUUAUUUGCAGUUGUUGCUCGAGAUCAUCUAGACGGUUCAGUCGUAGGCUUGUCCAUCACCUAUGCUUUAAACGUGACUCACACAUUGAUUGUGUUGGUGAGGACAACAUCACAGUUGGAGACUAACAUCGUGGCGAUGGAAAGAAUAAGUGAAUACAUAGAAAUAGAAAAGGAGGCACCUUGGAUCACAGACCAUCGUCCUCCAGACGACUGGCCUUCUGAAGGAAAGCUCCGCUUUGAAGACUACAAGGUUCGGUAUCGGCCCGAGUUGGACCUGGUUCUUAAUGGGAUCACGUGUGACAUUGACAGCUCUGAAAAGAUUGGGAUUGUGGGUCGGACCGGGGCAGGGAAAUCCAGUCUGACCAACUGCCUUUUCCGCAUAAUUGAAGCGGCAGAGGGACGAAUCCUAAUAGACGGAGUUGACAUCGCCAAACUGGGACUACAUGACCUCAGGAGUCGACUGACCAUCAUUCCACAGGACCCAGUGCUCUUUUCUGGAACUCUCAGAUUGAACCUGGACCCGUUUGAGAGGUUCAGUGAUGCAGACAUCUGGAGAGUUCUGGAGUUGUCUCAUUUAAAAGAUUUCGUCAGUGGUUUGGCGGCAGGACUCCAGCACGAGGUGUCAGAGGGAGGGGAAAACCUCAGUGUUGGACAGAGACAGCUGUUGUGCUUGGCCAGAGCUUUGCUCAGAAAGUCUCGUAUUCUGAUCCUGGACGAGGCCACAGCUGCUGUGGACCUGGAGACAGACAACCUCAUCCAGACCACCAUUCGCAAAGAGUUCUCCCACUGCACCGUCCUCACCAUCGCCCACCGCCUCAACACCAUCCUGGACAGCUCUCGGGUGAUGGUGCUGGAUGCGGGCAGGAUUGUGGAGUUUGAUUCUCCCAGCGCACUGCUGGAGAAGCAGGGGUAUUUCUAUGCCCUGGUGAGAGACGCUGGACUCACUGGUGUGGACGACACGAAGUUGGAGGAGCUCUUGGAGGCCCUCUGAAAAGAGAGAGCACACUGUGCACCUAUAACAGAGCUGAUUGGGUUUCCCAUGUUAAUGAAUGAAACCUUAAAGUCCUUAAUCACAUGUGAUUUUAUGACACAGUUGUAACCCUUUAUGGUGAAUGUUAUUGAAUUUGUUUGCUGAGAAAUUGCUAUGUGUAUUUGAUUUUACUUGAUUCUUAUUAUGAAAUAUCUAU